UGCGGUCCACCCCCUCCCACCAGGAACCCCUCCACCCCUUCCCCUCCCCUCGCUGCCCACCCCGAGGACAGGGGCGGUGCCAGGAUCCCACGUGCCCAGAGAUAGACCAACGAAAGAGAGUGGGGUGUUGGCACCGAGACGCAGAGAGAGUGAGAGAGAGAGGGAGGAGACGUCUGCCCGACCAACGCCAAGCAAGAAGGCCGCGUAGAGAGAGAGAGGGAGAGAGCGGGGACCGUGGGUAAGGGGGGGGUGCAGAAGAUGUCGACCUCCGCGCGGACAGUGGGAGAGGAGGAUGAAGAGGGCGAGACCGCAGAGAGAGGGCGGAGGAGGAAGAGGAAGCUGGCAGCCCACCCGGGCCUGGCACCGCUCCGAUGCCCCGACUGCGGGCGCCGUUUCGCCCGGGCCUGGCCAUUCUACCGCCACCGCGCCCGGCACCCGCCCCGCACCCCCUUCAUCUGCUCCCGCUGCGGCCGGGUCUUCGGCUAUUUCCGGGUGCUGGCCGGGCACCGCUGCGGGGAGGACGGGACGGUUUCGGCUUCGUCCGCCGGACCCGCGGGGCCCCCCUCGCCGGGAGAGGAGGAGGAGGAGGAGGGGGAGGGGGAGGACGAGAGCCGGCCCUUCCGCUGCCCGCUGUGCCCCGAGCGUUUCGCCAGCCCCUGGCGCCUCCAGAGGCACCGCUGCGGGGAGGACGGGACGGUUUCGACUUCGUCCGCCGGACCCGCGGAGCCCCCCUCGCCGGGGGAGGAGGAGGACGAGAGCCGGCCCUACCGCUGCCCGCUGUGCCCCAAGCGUUUCGCCACCCCCUGGUACCUCCAGAAGCACCGGCGGCGCCACGAGCGGCCCCCGGCCUUCGUCUGCCCCGACUGCGGGCGGGCCUUCAAGGAGCGCUACGAGCUGGCGCGCCACCGGCUGAUCCACGACCCCCGGCGCCCGCACCGCUGCCCGCUCUGCCUCCAGCGAUUCGGCCGGCCGGAGGGGCUGGCCUGCCACCUCCGGGCCCGCCACGGCCCGCCCCGGCGCCGGCCCUUCCGCUGCGGCGUCUGCGGCAAGGCCUACAGCCGCUCGGCCCACCUGCUGCGCCACGCCUACGGGCACACCGGCGAGCGGCCCUACCCCUGCGGGGAGUGCGGCAAGGCCUUCCGGGACCCGGGCACCCUGCGGCGGCACCGGCGGCUGCACCAGCGGGGCGCCGGCGCCCCCCCCCGGCCCCCGGAGGCCCCGGCCGCCGUCGA